UCCUAAAAAAAGCUAGUAAAAUUUAUGAAAUGACAUUAUAAUUAUUAUAACAUACAUAUAAUUACUUUCCCAUCAAAGGAAAUUAACUGUCAACGCGUUAAUUUGCCAUAAAUAAUUUAAUACUAAUUGUGAGAUCUGAAUUGCAUUACCAUCAGAUUACAUUAGUUUUUCACUAUAAAAAGCGGUUGUCUUUAAGCAAUAUCAUCAUUUUGUAGACGGGUCUAGUCCCUUUGCUUUGUUUUAAUAUUAUAAUAUUUAUUUUAAGUCAUAUAUAUGACUUUAAAACAUAAAAUAAUGUCAAAUAAUGUUUCGCAAUUUUUUUCUAUUUUGGCGCCAUUAUUUUUAUCAACUUUAAUUUCCAUGGAAUGCCGCUAUUGCCCCACAACGCCUGAAGAAUUCCAGAGAUACCAGAACGAAUACAUGUGGAUCAAGUUGUAUGGCCGCGACGACCCAAGUGAUGAUUUGGGAAGUUUUAGAAAUGGCCACCACACGUCCGGUGAAGAGAAUGUAAUAAAAACUGAAGAGGAAAAGAGAGGCGAUGAUAAUAAAAAAUAUGACGACUUAUACAAGCAAGCUGAGAAUUUGCCCGCAGCGCCCCUACCCACGUCGCCACAACAUACAAAACUGGAGAAAAAGGAGGGAAAAUCAAAUGGACGAAUACUCGGACACCAGCACCACGCACAAGAAUCUCGCAAUGUAAUAACAACGGAAGAGAGAAGAGAAAAUGAAUUAUUACAACAAAAAACCAUUUGGAGAGCUCUAUUUGGACAUAUGGAAUCAGCUGCAAAGAAUGGAAGAGCGAGAGAAAAAAUAAUGGAAUAAACGAAAAUGACUGGCCACAAAAGAGAUGAAAAACGGACCGAGUCGAGUAUUACCCAAUAGCUUAUAGAAUUAGUAAAUAGAAAAUAAAUAUAUACUCGUCUCAUCUCAACCAUACAUAAUAACAACAAGUCUCAAAAGAAAAAUACCACUUAAUUAAUAAGAAAAAUAAAUUAUGUUUAACACAUAAAACUCAAUUUUAUUGAUAAAGAUUUUUUUGAAAAUUUGCCAAUUUUUAUUAAUCAAACCAAAAAUCAUAAUGUUAUUUUCUGUAAAUAUACAAACUAGAAAAACGAACGGCCUAUGUCCAUUUGUUUUGUUAGUAUACUGAAUAAAUCAAUGGAUACUUUACGCUAGUUUAAUUUUAAAAAAAAUACGAGAAACAUUACGACACUGGCGUCGACAUUUUUGUCGCUCUUGUCGACUUCAAGUGAAUUGAAAAGCGUAGUGUUUGUUACACACUCGGCUUUAUCAUAGAUGCUUCGCUUCGUAUCGCGCGAAAAUCCCGCUUUAUAUGUAAUAACUUCAUGUUUAUUGAAAAGCGUGUUGCACAUUCGGCUUUAUCAUUGUUCUCCGCUUCGCGUCCCGCGAAAAUCCCAUGUAAUAAUCAAUGUUCGCAAGAUUAUAUGAAUAAAUAAUUUAUUUACGUGAAAAAAUUUA